GGAUAGAGACUGUGGGCUGAGAAAUGUGAGUUAGUGUGAGUGUAUGUGAAAGUUUGUAAAGGUGUGUUUGUGCGUGGUGCUUGUGGGGAAAGCUGGUGCAAGGUGAAGGGGCCAAAGUGUGGAAAUAGGGAAGACGAUUUUGGUCAAAAUGAAGAUUCUGCUUUGGUUCCUGUGGAGCUGCUGGCUUCUAACUCACACAGGUGCAUCUGAGGCUGAACGGAGGCUCCUGGAGAAUUUGUUUCAGGAUUACAACUUGAAGGUGCGGCCAUCACGUAUCUGGAAUGAGAGAGUGAUGGUCAGAGUGGGAAUGACUUUAGUACAACUCAUCAGCUUGGAUGAGAAGAAAGGAGAGAUGACAACAAACGUGUUCAUGAAUAUGGCAUGGACUGACUACAGGUUAUCUUGGAAUCCCAUGGACUAUGACAACAUUAAUGUUGUGCGAAUUCCUUCCACAAAAGUGUGGCGUCCAGACAUCUACCUAAUUAAUAAUAAUGAUGGUCAGUUUGAUGUUGCCCUGUAUGUGAACGUGCUAGUGAACAGUGAUGGCACAGUCUCUUGGUAUCCACCGGCCAUCUACCGCAGCACCUGUUCCUUAGAGGUGGCGUAUUUCCCAUUUGAUUGGCAGAACUGCACAAUGGUGUUUCGCUCUUACACAUAUGAUUCCUCAGAAGUGGACCUCCAAUACGGUUUAGAUGAAGAUGGCAACGAGCUUCAUGAGAUCGUGAUAGAUGAGAAUGCUUUCACUGAGAAUGGUGAGUGGCAAAUCUGUCAUAAACCCACCAGAAAGAACGUCCAGGAUGACCUGUAUGAGGACAUUACCUUCUACCUGAUCAUCGAGAGGAAGCCUCUAUUCUACAUCAUAAAUAUCAUCGUCCCCUGCAUCCUCACCAGUGUGCUGGCCAUAUUCGUCUUUUAUCUGCCACCUGGUGCAGGUGAGAAGAUGACACUGUCCAUCUCAGUCCUCAUCGCUCUCACUGUUUUCAUGCUGUUGUUGGCUGACAAAGUUCCAGAAACAUCUCUCGGCAUUCCUAUUAUCGUUAACUACGUAAUGUUCACCAUGAUCUUGGUGACGUUCUCAGUCAUUCUUAGCGUGGUGGUCCUGAACCUCCACCACAGGACUCCAAGCACACACCACAUGCCCCUAUGGGUGCGAAAGGUUUUCAUUAACUUCCUCCCUCGGUACUUGGGUGUGCUGAGGCCUCAGACUGAGGAACCGGUGGAGGAACAGCCAAAAGAAAAUGUUCCUCUGAAUUGUUUGGACCAAGGUCUUAGACCUGGAGGUGAAUAUUUCAUCCGAAAGAUCAACCCAGAACUAGUAAUGCCAUGGAGAGGAAGUCACAAUGAGAGCACUGUGAAGUUGCAGAGAUUUUCAAACAAUGACAACUAUUGUCUGAUUCUGCCCCCGAAUCUCAAAUCUGCCAUUGCUGCCAUUACUUAUAUGGCUGAACAACUGAAGAAACAGGAUGUGGAUGACACUAUGACAGAUGACUGGCAGUACAUUGCUGUGGUUUUGGACCGGCUCUUCCUCUGGCUCUUUGUUAUCAUCACUACACUGGGCACACUGGCCAUGUUUCUGGAUGCCAGUUUCAACUACACUCCUGACCAGCCUUUUCCCUGAUCAGAGCCCAAAAACAAUAACCACACAGCAACUGGACAGGCAACCCACAUUAGAGUGAACAUAAAACUGUGGGACUGUAGUUUGUGUGGAUUGACUCAAGAGGGCACCAGAGAAUAAACAUUUGAUUUUAUUUAUGUGGGCUUUAUUGUUUU